UGCUCCAGUGCAUCAAAACUGAUGCAGUCCCAUGGAAUAGGCACUCAAGUAUUGUUGACUGCUACAGAAUUUAGUUACCUCUGUCCAGCUCUUAUUAAUCAGAUCGAUGGCAAAUACUGCAUAGUCCAUGCAACCAGUGAAAAAGCUGAAACUCCUCCAAAGAGUUACUCUCUGCAAAUAGCUUGGAUUGGUGGCUUUAUAUCCAUCUCUGUCAUCAGUUUUCUUUCCUUAUUGGGUGUUAUAUUGGUACCUCUGAUGAAUCGUGUGUUUUUCAAGUUUCUUCUAAGUUUUCUUGUGGCAUUGGCUGUGGGGACCUUGAGUGGUGAUGCUUUCUUACAUCUCCUUCCACAUUCUCAUGGAAACCAUCACCAUCACCACGAGAAACCUCUGCUGGAACAGAACAAAGGCUCUACGUUCAAACCUCUUGUUUUUCAAAGUGUAGAGGAGAAUGCUUACCUGGAUUCUACAUGGAAGGGACUUACAGCACUUGGGGGCUUGUAUUUCAUGUUUCUAGUGGAGCAUUUGAUCACUUUAAUAAAGCAGUUUAAAGACAAGAAGAAAAAGAAAAAAAAUGAAGACGAUGGAGAAAGUAAGACGUUUUCAGCGAAUGAAGAAAAGUUAGAUGCAGAUGAUCGGCCUGAGUGCUAUCUAGGGACGGACUCUCAGGAUCCAUCGCCCUUCAUUUCUCAGCAGCCAGCUGUUAAAGAAGAGGAAGAAGUGAUGAUAGCACAUUCUCAUCAAGAGGAAGUUGACAAUGAAUAUGUGUCCAGGGGCUGUAGAAACAAAUGUCAUUCUCACUUACACGAUACUCUAGGACAGACGGAUCAUCUCAGCCAUCAUCACCAUGACUACCAUCAUAUUCUGCAUCACCACCAUCAUCAGAACCACCAUCCCCACAGCCACAGUCAGCGCUACUCGCGUGAGGAGCUGAAGGACGCAGGGAUAGCGACUCUGGCGUGGAUGGUGAUUAUGGGAGAUGGACUACACAAUUUCAGUGAUGGCCUAGCAAUUGGAGCAGCCUUUACUGAAGGGUUAUCUAGCGGUUUAAGCACUUCUGUGGCUGUAUUUUGCCAUGAAUUACCUCAUGAGCUAGGAGAUUUUGCUGUACUUCUGAAAGCGGGCAUGACUGUCAAGCAGGCUGUGCUUUACAAUGCUCUGUCAGCUAUGCUGGCCUACCUGGGAAUGGCGACUGGGAUCCUCAUCGGUCACUAUGCAGACAAUGUUUCCAUGUGGAUAUUUGCACUUACUGCUGGCCUGUUCAUGUAUGUGGCUCUUGUGGAUAUGGUGCCUGAAAUGCUCCACAACGAUGCCAGCGACCAUGGGUGCAGCCGCUGGGGAUACUUCCUGCUGCAGAACGCGGGGAUUCUCCUGGGGUUUGGGAUAAUGCUGCUGAUCUCUGUGUUUGAACAUAAGAUUGUAUUCAGCAUAAACCUGUAA